UUUUUAGGGGCUUUUUCCAUUUUUUUAAACCUUCUUUUGGAUGUAUUCUGUGGAGAUUCUGCUCAGCUUUACUGGGUUUCUCCCUUCACAUGACUUCUGAUGAGGUGAGGGGAGAAAAAGGGAGAGCCUUUUCUUUGAAAGAGAAGAGAAGGUCGAGUGUCUUCAGAGGUCUGCAGAAUGGUGAGUGGGGAGCUUCUGUGCUGCUGAUGCAGUGUUGUUGCUGGGGAGGUCUGUGCUCUCCUUGCUCUCCGAGACGAGUGGUUGAGCGGCUUUUUGGGGUCUGAAAGUCUGAACCCGCGAGAGGAAAGAAGUUGCUGUGGUCUCGAGAGAAGGAAUGCUGGUUCACAAGUGUUGAAGCAUUUUUCAGUAGAACCGAUUUGUUUUUUUUUUUUUUUUUUUGAUAUCAUUUGCUAAGUGCUUCAGUGAACUCUGGGCAUUGUAUGUGUAUGCCUCUGCAAGUGUCGGAAAGGCGUCGGUUUUCCUGAAGGUGGGUGCAUUUAGAGUUCAUUUUUGGCGGGCUGCGUGAAAUGUGAACUUGGCUGUAUCUGAUAGAGGGCCGUGUUUUCUUUUGGCAGUCAGAAUGGUUUGUUGUUGAUUGCUUUGAAGACUGCCCUAUUGUCUCUGUAGCUUUUGGCUUGAUAUAAUUUGGGCGUGCUUAUUUGUUCUUAGCAACACUGGGACUGUAAUUCGAGCUCCAGGCGCUGAUGAUUUGGUCUGUUCGUUUGAAGACUGUCACUGUCUGUUGAAGUUGUCUCUGAGAAGCCUCGAAAACCUCUGUCGUUAGCCGUUGUGCGCGCACUUUCCAUCUUACUGGAGUAUUUGGUAGUAUCCAAUGAUGUAUUUGAAGCUGGCGGUCGUGGUGUCGUUGCUUCUUAUUUCUGCUGCAGGGCAGCUUCCUUCCCAGGAUAUAUUGUCGCUGCUCGAGUUUAAGAAGGGCAUAAGGCGUGAUCCAACUGGUUAUGUACUUGAUUCAUGGAAUGAGGAAUCCAUAGAUUUCAAUGGAUGCCCUUCAUCGUGGAAUGGAAUCGUCUGUAAUGGCGCCAACGUUGCAGGAGUCGUCCUUGAUAAUUUGAACCUCACUGCUGAUGCUGACUUGAGUGUUUUUGCCAACCUGACGAUGCUUGUUAAACUUUCCAUGGCAAACAACUCCAUAACAGGCAAAAUUCCAGAUAAUAUAGGCGAAUUCAAGAGCCUUGAGUACCUGGAUUUAUCGCACAACCUGUUCUCAUCGUCCUUUCUCCCGGGCAUAGGGAAAUUGGCAAGCUUGAGGAAUCUCUCGUUGGCAGGGAACAACUUCUCUGGCCUGAUCCCUGAUUCUAUUUCUGGACUUGCGUCAAUCCAAUCUCUGGACUUGAGCAGCAACUCCUUCUCUGGGCCAUUGCCUCCUUCAUUAACUAAACUUGCCAGGCUUGUGUAUCUUAAUCUGUCAGUAAAUGGGUUUACUCAGGAAAUUCCCAAAGGAUUUGAGCUGAUAGCUGGCUUGGAGGUGCUUGAUUUGCAUGGGAAUGUGCUAAAUGGUCCUUUGGCCUCUGAAUUUUUAUUCCUAUCAAAUGCCACCUAUGUUGAUUUUAGUGGAAAUUCGCUGGUCACUUCUAGUUCACAGCAGCAGAAAUUUUUACCUGCCAUUUCCGAGAGUAUCAAGCAUUUAAAUCUGAGCCGCAAUCAGCUCACAGGAUCAUUGGUAAAUGGAGGACAGAUGCAAGUGUUUGAGAAUUUAAAAGUGUUGGAUCUGAGUUACAAUCAACUGUCUGGGGAACUACCUGAGUUUAAUUUUGUCUAUGAUCUGGAGGUUCUCAAGCUUAGCAACAACAGAUUUUCAGGUUUUGUUCCUAGCGGAUUAUUGAAAGGAGACUCCUUGGUUUUGACUGAGUUGGAUUUGAGUGGCAACAAUCUCUCAGGGACAAUUAAUAUGAUCACAUCAACCACUUUGAGUGUUCUUAAUCUCUCCUCAAAUGGUCUCACUGGAGAACUUCCGCUGCUAAGUGGGAGUUGUGCUGUCAUGGAUCUAUCAAAUAAUCAAUUUGAGGGAAACUUGACCAGAAUUGUUAAGUGGGGUAACAUUGAAUAUCUCGAUCUGAGCCGUAAUCGUUUGUUGGGGGCCAUCCCUGAGGUUACUCCUCAGUUUUUGCGCCUGAAUUAUCUUAAUCUCUCGCAUAAUUCUCUUAGCAGUGAUAUUCCAAAAGUCCUGACCCAGUAUCCAAAACUUAGGGUUGUUGAUAUCAGUUCAAAUCAGUUAGAUGGACCUCUUUUACCUGAUCUUCUGACAUUAUCCACUUUGCAAGAACUCUACCUUGGAAACAAUCUUUUGACUGGUAAUAUCUCGCUUUUGCCUCCAUCCUCAACUGAAUCUAGUCUGAAGGUGCUUGAUCUUUCCCAUAAUCGAUUCAGUGGAUAUUUCCCCGAAAAAGUUGAAUCAUUGGUUGGACUUCAGGUGCUCAAUGUUGCAUCAAAUAAUUUAUCCGGUUCUCUUCCAACUUCAAUGGUUGACAUGAGUUCACUCACUUCAUUAGAUAUAUCCCAGAAUCAUUUUACAGGUGCCAUUCCUGGCAACUUGUCCAAUGGACUUCAGAGUUUCAAUGCCUCAUACAAUGAUCUUUCUGGAGUGGUCCCAGAAAAUCUGAGGAAGUUCCCAAGGUCUUCCUUUUUUCCUGGGAACACUAGGCUACAACUUCCAAAUAGUUCUGGAUCAGGCAGCUCGCCGGCUGGAAGUUCUAAGAAGACGGUCAAAACUAUUUAUAAAGUGGCAUUGGUUGUUGCUUGUGUACUGGUCGUCUUUAUUCUUCUUCUGCUAGUCAUCUUCGUCUGUUAUGUCCGUAGAUCGAAGAGCCGCAAAACAGAACAUGUUAGCAACAAAGAGGGUCGCAGACGAGCUGCUUCAAAUCCUUCUGCUGUUAGUGGAGCAGGCAGUGGUGGUGCCUUGGUUGUUUCAGCAGAAGAUCUUCUGGCAUCACGCAAAGGAUCAUCCUCUGCUGAGGUAAUUAGUCCUGAGAAAGUAGCAGUGACGACCGGCUUCUCACCAUCUAACAGCCAGUUGUCCUGGUCACCUGAAUCUGGCGAUUCAUUCACUACUGAACACCUUGCGAGGCUGGAUGUGAAGUCACCUGAUCGAUUGGUCGGUGAAUUACAUUUUCUUGAUGAUACAAUCACUCUUACACCUGAGGAGCUUUCAAGAGCUCCUGCGGAAGUUCUAGGAAGAAGCAGUCACGGGACAUCUUACCGGGCAACGUUGGAUAAUGGUGUUUUCCUGACUGUAAAGUGGCUGAGAGAAGGAGUAGCUAAACAGCGGAAGGAGUUUGCCAAGGAGGCAAAAAAAUUUGCAAAUAUCCGUCAUCCAAAUGUUGUGUGCCUAAGAGGGUACUACUGGGGCCCAACACAACAUGAGAAACUCAUUCUGUCAGAUUUCAUAUCACCUGGCAGCCUUGCAAGCUUUCUUUAUGAUCGGCCAGGAAGAAAGGGUCCACCUCUUUCUUGGGCUCAGAGGCUCAAAAUAGCAGUUGAUAUUGCACGUGGCCUGAACUAUCUCCAUUUUGAUCGCGCCGUUCCACACGGAAAUCUCAAAGCAACCAAUGUUCUGCUAGACGGGCCCGACCUCAAUGCUCGGGUUUCCGAUUACUGCCUUCACCGUCUGAUGACCCAGGCUGGUACCAUCGAACAGAUUCUAGAUGCAGGUGUAUUGGGAUACCGUGCUCCGGAGCUGGCUGCUUCCAAAAAGCCUCUACCCUCCUUCAAGUCAGACGUCUAUGCCUUUGGCGUGAUCAUGCUUGAAUUGUUGACUGGGCGAUGUGCUGGAGACGUGAUUUCUGGUGAAGGGGGUGGCGUCGACUUGACUGACUGGGUGCGGUUGAGGGUUGCCGAGGGUCGUGGUACGGAAUGCUUCGAUUCAGCAUUGCUCCCUGAAAUGGGUAACCCCGCAUUCGAGAAGGGAAUGAAGGAGGUCCUUGGAAUCGCGCUGAGAUGUAUACGGUCAGUCUCAGAGCGACCAGGUAUCAAGACGAUAUAUGAAGAUCUUUCCUCUAUAUAGAUUAUCGGAGUCGACUGUCUGAACAGUUUUUUUUUUCUUUACUUUUCCUUUUCUGGUGGGAAUUAAUAUCUCAUUCGAUUCCCAUUCGGAAGUUCCAUGAUUUUUGGGAUCCAGUGGCUUUCUUAGGUGGUGGUAGUGGAAAUGAAAAUGCAGUGAAACUGAGAGGAUGUCAAGUGCAUUUUCCAUGUAAUUUGAUCCCAUCUCUCUUUCAUCA